GGUUUCCUGCUCAGUCACCGUCCAGAAGUGUUCGGCGACGGUCUCGCGCUCGCACGCUUCACCGUAGACCUCGUGCGCGAAAAACGUGAAAUGUAGUUCCGCAUCCGAAGACAUUUCCAGCGAAAAAGUAAAAUGAAGAUCAAACACUACCCGGGCAAGGCGGUGGUCAACGAUCCCGCUUGGCUGGAGAUGGACAUCUCCAACGACAUCCGCGGCCGCCAGUACGAGGCCAACUGGGAGGACGCCCAGAGGAACCUCUCCAGCACCAGCAGCUCGGGCUCCAACUCAUGGGACAAGUACAGCGAAGGUACCCUUUCGUCGAAACUGGGCCAGUACCAGAACAUGCUCGACGAGCUGGCGCAGGAGGAGCAGCUGUACGCGGUACCCAAGAAGGAGAAGAUGAAGUACCACAGCGAGAAGUGUCUAGCGAGGAUUAAUGGCAACAUGGCGAACUACUAUUUACCGUCGCAGACGAAGGUGCAGCGGAGCCGCAGCGUGAAGGAGGAGAAGCCGAAGCCGAAGCCCAGGACCAAGCUCCCGCCCAGCAGCGACGAGAAGUUCAAGAACGUCAUCAACGACCUCGAGAAACAGAUCAAGUCGGUGAGGUUCGACGACGAGAGCGACGGAGGUGUCACGGAGCGGGUGAGCGAGUGGGUUGACGACCAGAACAAGCACAUUUUGGGCGACACAGUGCUGACCCUCACCGAAGAAGUACCCAAGAAGGUACGCCAGCGGAUUCCGCCGCGGAACCUCACGCCGUCGCCUUCGGAAGUCAGCGAAGAAACCCCGGCCCAAACCGACGAACAAAUCUACAAUUUGUACAAAAGUGGGGUGGAAGCACCCAGUACUACCGCGAAUAAGAGUGACUUUUUAAUUCCGAGACCUAAAUUGAUAGUUCCUGUGCAUACGUACGCGGUGCGGAGAAGAAGGACGGGGAAUCUGCAGUGCAAGAGCGAAGAGGUGGUCAAGAGCGAUUCGGAGGGCUGCGUCGAAGUAUCCCGCGAAAACAAGUUCCUCAGCACCCUCACCCCCGGCAAGGUCCUCGGCGAGCUCGCCAUCCUCUACAACUGUCAAAGAACGGCCACCAUCAAGGCCGCUACUGAUUGUAAGCUAUGGGCCAUCGAACGCCAAUGCUUCCAGACGAUUAUGAUGAGGACCGGCCUCAUCCGCCAGGCCGAAUACACCGACUUCCUCAAGAGUGUCCCGAUUUUCAAAAACCUCCCCGAGGACACGCUUAUCAAGAUCUCCGAUGUGCUGGAAGAGACGUUCUACGCCAACGGGGACUACAUCAUCCGGCAGGGUGCCCGGGGUGACACUUUCUUCAUCAUCAGCAAAGGCACGGUGAAGGUAACGAAGAAGGUGCCGGAUAACAACGAGGAGAAGUAUAUUAGGACCUUGGGGAAAGGGGACUUCUUUGGCGAGAAGGCGCUCCAAGGGGACGAUUUGAGGACGGCCAACAUCAUCGUGGAUAAUCCAGAAGGAGUCUACUGUUUGGUGAUCGAUCGGGAGACGUUCAAUCAACUCAUUUCGAAUCUGGAUGAGAUCAGGACGAAGUACAAGGAUGAGAGUGUGGAUAGGAGAAGAAUGAACGAAGAGUUCGAACGCGUGGAGCUAUCAGAUCUAAAAAAACUGACAACCUUAGGUGUUGGAGGCUUUGGUCGCGUCGAACUCGUCCAAAUUCAAGGCGAUUCCAACCGCUCCUUCGCCCUCAAACAAAUGAAGAAAGCCCAAAUUGUGGAGACUCGCCAGCAGCAACACAUCAUGUCCGAGAAAGAAAUCAUGGGUGAGGCCAACUGCGACUUCAUUGUGAAGUUGUUCAAGACCUUCAAGGACCGGAAAUACUUGUACAUGCUCAUGGAAAGUUGCUUGGGGGGAGAAUUGUGGACCGUCUUGCGGGACAAAGGGCACUUCGAUGAUGCUACCACCAGGUUCUACACAGCUUGUGUGGUGGAAGCCUUUGAUUAUCUGCAUUCAAGGAACAUCAUCUACAGGGACUUGAAGCCGGAGAACCUCCUCUUGGACAAUCAAGGUUACGUGAAAUUAGUGGACUUCGGCUUCGCUAAGAAACUGCACAGCGGCCGCAAAACUUGGACUUUCUGCGGAACCCCCGAAUAUGUAGCCCCUGAGGUCAUUCUAAACAAAGGGCACGACAUCAGCGCCGACUAUUGGUCCCUGGGCGUGUUGAUGUUCGAGCUCCUCACUGGUACUCCGCCAUUCACUGGAGCCGACCCUAUGAAAACCUACAAUAUCAUCCUAAAGGGAAUCGACGCCAUUGAUUUUCCGCGGAACAUUACAAGAAACGCCAUGGCCCUAAUCAAAAAACUAUGUAGAGACAAUCCCGCCGAGCGCCUUGGCUACCAGAAGGGAGGAAUUAGUGAAAUUCAGAAACACAAGUGGUUUGACGGGUUCAACUGGGAAGGUCUAGUGAACAGGACCCUGAGCCCGCCCAUCCUGCCGCAGGUCAAGCACGUGACCGACACCAGCAACUUCGACGAGUACCCUCCGGACGCGGACGGGCUUCCUCCCGAUGACGUCACGGGCUGGGACGCCGACUUCUAGCGUUAAUUUAACUUUAGGUUUUUUCUAAUUGAACUGCGUGUUCGCUGCAAUGACAAAGUGCCAAGGUUGCAAUGAUCCGAUUUACAUGGUAACAUGACAAUAAUUUUGGUUUUAUUGUUAUUGACUGAUGGUGGAUGGCCGCAAAUGGAUAGCACCCAAGUGCCAUUUUAAUUCGUUUUAAAACAAUUUGUUGUAAUUAUAUUUUUUUAAAUUUACAAUCAGUGUUGUGACUGUUCAUAUUUUAACAGAAAGUUACCCAAUACUAUAUGUGUAUAUUUAAAUAAUUGUAAAUGUAAAGCAAUACGUAUGAUGUAAAGUUUUUUUAUUGUAUAAGUUGUGAAUAUAAGAUUGAAAGUGAA